GGACGUCCGUCUAUGCAGUCUCGCGCGCAACAUCGAAUACGCGACUUGCGAUUUUCAGAGCUCCUGCCCGUGUAUAGUUUUCAUAUUUAAUGUUUGUUAUUUAUUUCUUUUUUUUUUUUUAAAAAUUCAUUUUUUCCAAAUAAGUUUUUUUUUUUUGUUAAAGAAGGUAAAGCUCUCCCUUCUUUUUCUAAUAUAAAAGUGUCAUUGUAUGUAAUAAUUCAUUAACACGAAACGUUUUUUUUUCUAUAUAUUUAAAAAAGAAGUGCGUCAAGUGACUGGUAGGCACGAGAAAAUCGUGCGACCUAGACUUUAAAACACGAACUGGAAUUAAUAAACGAAAAAAAAACAGACUAAGGACUUUACUACAAAAACCAAGAGCAUAUUUUAUACCUAUCAGUGAUCAGUGUUAUUCGAGUUUACUGCUCUGAAUUUAAAGUAGUAAAUAAUAAAACAAAAACCAUUGUAAUAUGUAAUAUUAAAAAAAAAAAAAAAAAAAAAAAUUGGUGGAAAUUACAAAUUUUACAAUUUUAUAUUGAUGACGAAGGGAAUUCCCCCAAAAAUGGAACGCGGCCGGUAAUCUUAUUAUCAUCACAAGUGAAAACUUUUGAAGCUACCGGAAGUAUAGACCAAAUCGUGCAUACAACACACAAGUCAAACGUGUCACAGAAAAAAAAGUGAAGUCAAAUCAAUAAUAAUCAAAAUAAUAUAAUUCACGGAUAAUUUUUGUGAUUUUUGAUCUAGAAAGUUAAUUAAUCCAAAAAGUGUGAUAUAUAUUUUUUUUUUGAAAAAUAACUUGAAAAAAGAGAAGUGACGUAUAAUACAUCACGGAAGAAAGAAGAAAAAAAAACCCAUGAGAAAAAGGCGUGAAAUUGUUUUUUUUGGAUAAUGUCUAAAUUUACAACACCAGGAAUGGAUCAUUCAAGAACGAUGAUCUUGAUCAUUCUUCACGGAAUAUUGGCGCUUUGCAAUGGUAAAAUUUUGGAGGAGAAUGCAACAACAAUAAUUUUUGAUCAAAAUUAUACGGAAAGUUCAACGCAAAUAUCAACAGCAACAGAUAAAGUGGAGGGUCAUCUUAUGGAUGACAUUCUGCCAGGAACAAAACCACCGACACCUGCUGUUAUUUUUGUCGAUGUUCCUGCACACACGGAAACAAAAUUAGGAGCCCCUGUUGUAUUAUCAUGCAGAACUGCAUUUCCAGUAACCGAAUGUCAAUGGUCCUGGCGACCACUUCCUUCAACACAUUUUCCACUUCCGGAAAUCAAUGACAAUUCUUUUGUUCCUACUUUGAGUACAACGUCCACACUAACAACAACACAAGCAACUUCUUUACCACUUCAACAAUUUCCAGCUUUUGGUAACAAUAGUAAUGACUGUUCAGUGAGAUUUUCAAGCACAAAACAUGCACAAACAGGCUAUUGGACGUGUGCUGCUAGGAUUUCGAAAAAUGAUUCCUUUAUCAGUACACAACCGGCAAAAUUAAGCAUUGCUAAAAUAACCAAAGAGAAGCCGAUUAUUUUUGAAAAUCAGGACAGCACGAUUGAAGCACCUGCCGGAUCGCCGACACAGAUAUUGUGUCGAACAAUGACCCCUGUUUACGAGUGUCAGUGGACUUGGCGGCGGUUGAACCAGUCACAACCUUGGAAUCGCGAGGUGAAGAAGUUAAAGGCCUUCGGGAAUGAGAGCAACGAGUGCAGCAUCAAGUUCAAGAACAUUCUACAUGAUCGAGAGGGUUUCUGGACCUGCGGUGCUCGAAUGAACAUCAACUCGUCCUUUGUUUUUGCAAAUCCUAUUCGAUUACUCAUAUCCGAAGUUGAAUUUGUAAAACUAUCACGUGGAUUAAAAAUAGCAUCAGGUGAGACGGUAUUUCUUCACUGUCUCGUUAACAAACCAGUGGUCCAAUGUGAAUGGUUUUUUAAGCCAUUAAAUUCAAGUAUGGAGCGAACAGUGGUGAAUAAAUUCACGCCAAGUAAAGAAGCUGAACAUGACUGUUCAAUGAAAUUUAAAAAUGUUAUACAUAAAGGAGAGGGCCUAUGGACGUGUGGCGUUCGUCUAUCAACAAAUGGAAUUCUUCAUGAAGCACCACCUGCAACUGUGACAAUUUUGCCUACUGGUAAUGUGAGUUUUGUUGAGAAGCCGGAAGAUACAUCAGUACCAAUAGGCACUGAGGCCAUUCUAAAAUGUGUGACUAAUGAACGUGUUGAAAAAUGUGCCUGGAGUUGGAGGCCUUUAAUCGGAAACGAUGAUGAGAUCAUCGUUCACGAAUUCCCCAGUAAGGGUGAAGUUGGUCGUGAUUGUAGUCUCAAUCUACCUCGUGUCUAUGCUAAAGAACAAGGUUUCUGGAGCUGUCAAGUCUCAGUACCUGGAUCAAAUACAAUUUUAUCUACUCAUAUUGUGAAACUCACAAUGUACGAACAAGAGGACAUUACAUUCUCAGAAUUGUCACAGGACUUUCAAAUAUCAGCGGGUAAAAGUAUUCAAUUGCGUUGUGUGACAUCAUCGGCAGUUGAUCAAUGUCGAUGGUCAUUGACGCCGGUAAAUUCAAAUACAACAGUUGUCGUUAGACAAUUUCCUCCAAUUGGCACCGAGGAUCGUGACUGCAGUACAAGACUGACAAAUGCCCUUGCCGAACAGGAAGGUCUUUGGACAUGUGGUGCCAAAACUAGGAGUCAACAAAAUUACACAGACGCAUCGCCAGCCAAAUUAAGCCUUCUUGAACCAGAACCAGUAACAGUGACACUUUGGGCUGCUCAUCAUCAAGCUGUUACUUUGGCUUGUAAAAUUGGUCCAGUACCACCAAAAACUGAAUGUCAAUGGCUUCAUGGACAUGAUGUUCUUACAAAAAGAGACAAUUACAGUUCAUCAAUUCAAAACAAAUAUUACAUGCUGAUGGAGCCACAAAGUGGAGUCUGUACUCUACAUUUUGUUCCUGGACCUUUAGAUUUUGGCCAAUGGAAAUGUAAAUUUAUGUUGCCUAAUGAAAACCUAACAGUGGAAUUGGGAAAUGAUAGCCUCCUGCUGUUAGAGGAAAUCGAAAAUGAUAAAUUGGGAUGGCUUGUUGGUGUUUUAACAGUAUUAAUUUCAUUUUUAGCAAUUAUUAUAGUUGUUCUUGUUGUUUGUCGGGGUCGUAUUUUUCGUACAAAAAUUCCAUCAAUGUUGGAAACAAUUUCGCCAAGUGAGAGAAAACGAAAAGAUGUUCUUUUUAAAAUUCAAAAUAUACCAGAUUCAAUUAAAAUUGAGCAAACAAAUCAAAAUAAUUUAACAGUUCAUCAUGUUUUGCCAAAUAGAAGUCCACGUUUUCAAGAAAAAUCACAAAAAACAAAUCCUAGUCCCUACGAAAAUACAUUAAAUGUUCUCUAAGUCAUUAUUAUUAUUAUUCGUUGUGAUAAAAAAGAAAAAAACGCGAAUACCUCAUAAUAAAUAAUUGUUAAGAAUUUUAAAUUGUUUAAUUGUUGUUACAAAAAAUUUCAGAUCAUGAAAAAACUCAUCUUUUGUACACUUUACACGUAUGUUUGUAAUCAAUAAAUUUAUUUAGUGUUGUAAUUUAUAAUUUUUGUUUUUCUAAAAUGUAAUUAAAUGAAAAAGCACAAAAA